AUGACUACUUCCGCCCCUCUCUCUAAGUGCUGCACUACUGGCUCCCUACACGAGGGUGAGGCCAAGGGUGAAAUCAAGGAUAUCGGCGAUAUUUCCACCUACUUUGCCUACCCGGCCGACAGGUCCACCGAGAAAGCCAUCCUCAUUUUGACUGAUGUUAUUGGUCACAACUUCAUCAAUGCCCAGCUGAUUGCCGACCAAUUUGCGGAGGCUGGGUAUCUUGUUGUUAUGCCUGAUCUCUUCAAGGGGGAUUCCAUCCCGAUCAACCGCCCAGAGGGAUUUAAGCUCGUGGACUGGUUGCAGAACCACUACCCAGAGCAAACGGAACCCAUCAUCAACACUGUGUUGGCGGAGAUGCGAGAGAAGCUUGGCUGCAAGCGCAUUGGUGGCGUGGGAUAUUGCUUUGGCGGAAAGUAUGUCGCCCGAUACCUUAAGGGUGGCAAGCUUGAUGCCGGCUUCACGGCGCACCCGACCAUGAUGGAACCCACCGAGCUGGACGGAGUCGAGGGACCUUUCAGCAUUGCGGCUGCAGUCCGCGAUUUUGUUUUCACCACCGAAAAACGUCGCCUUGCCGAGGACAUUCUUGACAAGAAAGAUAUUCCUUACCAGAUCAAUCUGUUCUCUGACGUUGAGCAUGGUUUCUCUGUGCGCUGUGACCUUUCUCAGCCUCGUCAGAAGUUUGCCAAGGAGCAGGCAUUUGUGCAGGCGGUAUCGUGGUUCAAGGAGUACCUUUAG